AUGAAUGUGGAGUGCUUUGAUAUUGGCUUUUCAAUUGGCGUCACUCAUUUGGAGCGUCAUCCUUCUGAUCAUGCACCAUUGCUACUGUCCGUCAGUACAAGGUUGGAUGGCAAGCCCCGUUCGUUUCGAUUCAUCAAUGCUUGGGCAGACCGGGAGGAUUUCUUGGCGACGGUAAGAGAGUCUUGGCAACAAGAGUGUGGUGGGUCUCCGAUGCAUGUGUUAUGUUCUAAGUUACAGAGACUCAAGCGACAUCUUCGACUGUGGAACAAGGGCCGAGUGGGGAAUUUCUCGGACAAUGUUGCAAAGGCGGAGGGAGAGGUGGGACGGUUGGAGAGAAUGUUAGAAGAUGGGGGGUCAGAGGGGGUCCAUUUGGAGCUCCAGCAAGCGCAGGCCUCGUUGAGACGAGCUUUGACCAUGGAGGAGUCGUUGUGGAGGCAGCGAGCUCGGGUCAAGUGGUUGGCCUUAGGUGAUCGCAACACUAAAUUUUUUCAUUCGGUGGUAAAGCAGCGGCGUAUGACUUCCAUUAUCCACCGGAUUCAGAAGCCUGAUGAGGGUUGGGUUAAGGAAGAUGCGCUCAUUGGCGAGGAGGCGGUGCGUUACUUCUCAUCCUUAUUCUCACUAGAGGAUGUCCCUGGGAUGGGGGAAGUCCCUGAUGUUAUUCCCCGUCUGGUGUCUAUGGAGGAUAAUGAGCGGCUAGAGGAGGUGCCGGAUUUGGAGGAAGUCCGACAGGCAAUUUGUCAGAUGGAUGGAGAGAGUGCUGCAGGUCCGGACGGUUAUUCUGGCCGAUUUUUCUCUGCUGUUUGGGAGAUAGUAGGGGGUAAUGUAUACGAUGCUGUCCGGAGUUUCUUUUGCGGCGCGAAACUUCCCAGGAGGAUCACUGCGACGUCCAUAGUCUUACUGCCUAAGGUGCAACAGCCCAAGGAUUUCUCUCAGUUUCGGCCGAUUAGUCUUUGCAAUUUUGUGAAUAAGAUUUUUUCAAAAAUCCUGGCUCUUCGACUGGCUCCUAUACUGUCUAAAAUCAUUUCUCCAAAUCAGAGCGGGUUUGUGCGGGGUCGUUGCAUAGCUGAUAACUACCUUCUAGCUCAGGAGGUAAUUGCAGGAAUUAAGCAGAAGGCACGUGGGGGUAAUGUAGUUUUUAAGCUUGACAUGAUGAAGGCUUACGACAGGAUGAUGUGGCCUUUCUUGGUUAAGGUCUUGCGGUCCUUUGGCUUUGGAGAACGCUGGAUUGAUAUGGUCUGGCGGCUUAUAUCCAAUGUUUGGUUCUCCGUUAUUGUCAACGGGUCCCUCUGCGGUUUCUUUAAGUCAGCUCGGGGGCUUCGUCAGGGGGAUCCUUUGUCGCCUGCUUUGUUCAUUAUUGGAGCAGAGGUGGUCUCCCGGGCGUUAAAUCAGCUGGUGCACCAACGGGGGUUCCAAGGCUUCAGAGUUCCAAGAGGGUGCCCGACUAUUACCCAUUUGGGAUAUGCGGAUGACGUUCUAGUGUUUUCAAGUGCGAAUGUCACCUCCCUGCGGCUCGUAAUGAGGGUUUUGGACGACUAUGAGGCGUCCUCUGGCCAGCGGGUGAAUAAAUCGAAGAGCUGUUUCUUAGGUCAUGCUACCUUGGGGAGAUCGAGAAGAACGGUGAUUCAGCGGGUUACGGGUUUCAGAUCGAGUUCAUUUCCUAUCAAGUACCUAGGUUAUCCUUUGUAUUAUGGCCGCCGCAAGAGAGUGUUUUUUGAGGGGCUAUGCCAGGCUGUGGUGCGAAAGGUUGAGUCCUGGGAGAAUAAGUUGUUAUCUGCCGGGGGUCGGAUUGUUCUGUUGAAGCAUGUGCUAUCUGCUCUCCCAGUCUUCCUCUUGAUGGCUGCAUCUCCACCCAAGUCGGUAUUUAGGGAGAUUGAAGGGCGGUUCUCAAAUUUCCUUUGGGGUGAGUCGGAGUGGGGGCAUAAGUGUCAUUGGAUCAGGUGGCAGGAUUUAUGUGUGCCAGGGGAUGAAGGGGGCUUGGGGCUGCGACGAUUGGAGGAUAUUCACAGAGCCUUCUCCAUCAAGCUUUGGUGGAGCUUCCGUUCGUUGGCCUCUUUAUGGGCGACCUUUAUGAGGGCUAAGUACUGUGCGCAGGUGCAUCCUAAUUUGGUAAAUUGUAAUGGGGGUUCACUAAUCUGGAGACGGAUGGUGACAGUGCGGCAGUUUGCAGAGCUUCACAUUGGUUGGAUUGGGCGAUCUGGAGGCUUGAAUUUCUGGUUUGAUAACUGGCUCGGGACAGGUUCUCUGGCCUCUCGGCUGGAUAGUGUCUCGGACCAUUUGCUUGUUGAUUUCGUGGAGAAUGGCCAUUGGAACCUUCCACUCUUGCAGCAAUGGGUUCCGCACGGGGUUAUCAGUGAGAUCGUGCGGGUUGUGCCUCCUGUAGGUCAUUUGCCCGAUUUAAUGGUAUGGAGACCAUCUUUAUCGGGGCAAUUUAACCUAAGUUCGGCGUUCCACCUUGUGAGGAGGCAUGUUAAUCGCUCAUUUAUGUCUAGACGAAUAUGGCAUCCGUUGGUGCCUUUGAAGGUUUCUUUCUUCUUGUUACGCCUACUUCGCGGGCGUUUACCGGUGGACUGUUGCUUGAUGAAGUUUGGGGUUCAAGGGCCUUCCAAGUGUGAGUGUUUCCCUUUGCCUUCUAUCGAGACUAUUGACCACGUCUUUGCUACGGGGGAGAUAGCGUCACGGGUAUGGCAUUUCUUUGGGGAUCCUGUGGGAAUAUCUUGGGCUGGGUCAUCCUUUCGUGGAUGUAUGGCGGCCUGGUGGUAUGGGAGGAGAGGCAACCGACAGCUCGAGUUUGUGCAUCAGAUUCUCCCACUCCUGAUUUGCUGGCAGUUAUGGAAAUGCAGAAACAGCAUGCGAUAUGAUGGGGCCUGUAUCGGGUGGACCAGGGUGUGCAACUUGGUUUUGUCCGAUCUAUUGGAGCUGUUCGGUCUGUUUCUUCCCUACCGGAGGCCUUUCCCCUCGGACUGGGUACGUUUCUAUGCAGAGAUCUCAGGGUGGGCACCCCGGAUUUCCUAUACGCUGGUGCGGUGGUCUCGGCCUUCGGCGGGUGCUCUCAAACUCAAUACGGACGGCUGCUCCAAGGGUAAUCCUGGCGCUAGUGGAGGAGGAGGGAUACUUCGGGAUGGCGGUGGCAGUUUGAUUCUGGCGUUCUCGUGUUAUUUUGGCCAUGCUACGAGCCUUCAGGCCGAAGUUUGUGCGCUUCUUUUUGGGGUUCAAUUGUGCAUUCAACGCGGAUUUGGCAGGAUUGAGGUAGAGCUAGAUUCACUUGUCCUAGUCCACAUUCUCCUUGGAAAGGCUACAUAUCCUUGGAGUGUGUAUCACGAGAUUCAGCAGCUGCUGGGAUUACGCGGCCAUUUCUUAACAGUUCGACAUUGUCUCCGCCAGGCAAACCAGGUUGCUGAUGCUUUAUCAAAUGUCGGCUGUGCUCAGGGGAGAGAGGAGGUUUACACUUCUUCAAUAGCUUUACCUCGUGUAGCUAGAGGAACCAUGCGCCUUGAUAGAGGGGGGGUUCCUUCGGUUAGACGGAUUAUCCAUAACUAG